CUGCGGGGGGGUGGGGAGGAGGGGGAGAGAGGUGAGUGGACGGAGUUAUGCCAAGCCGCGAUUACUGGAGGCUUCACAACCCUCGCUGUCAAUUUGCGUCUGGUCAAACCAACAAUGACAGAAUGCGGCUCAGGCUGACGCUUUUAUUUUUACGGUCGCGGAGGAUUCAUCAAAUUAAAGGGAAGUGCUUUUCUUGUUUGGUGGAUUUUUUUUCAAUGUGUUUCAUCAUUUGUGUUGUGCUAAUCUGAGAGUUCAAAGUGUGGAAUUUUAGAUGUAGGUACCUGCAUGGUAUUUUAUGUUUACAGCCUGCUUCAAGUGUUUCAGAAAAAUUGUGUUGGAAGUUCACGCUAAAAGAGUCCGUCAGAUGGCUGCAGGGGCCUCUGUUAGUAAGUGAACUUUACCACCGGGCCCCUAUAAGCCAAGUCUCAGGGACAACAGAACCCUCCUUUCCUUACCGGUUUCAAGUGCAAAGUAUGAAAAUGAACAGCCUCUCCAGGAGUAUCGAGGACCAGAGAAACAUUGCCGAGAGCCCUUCUCACAAACCGGAGACAUCCAGGUACCGCAGCUGGAGCAGCCUGCGCUUCUCGCGGUGGAGAAGUGGCUCACAGAGGACGACCCCCCCUGGGACCCCUUCCCCGAAGCCAGAGAAGAGGGCCGAUGUGACCAAGACGCUCUUCUCCUUGGUCCAGACUCACAAUGACGACUACACGGCCGAUCCGGACGGCCUGCUCGACACCCACGGGGUGGGCGAAGGAGAGAGCGACGGCACAAGACCCUCCCCGGACCAGUCCCCCGUCUUCCAGAUGCAGUUGGGGUCGAUGCUGCAGCCCGGGGUCAACAAGUUCUCCCUGCGCAUGUUCGGUAGCCACAAGGGUGUUGCUGCUGAGCAGGCCAGGGUCAAGAGCUUUGGAGUGUGGAUCAUCCACCCUUACAGUGACUUCAGGUUUUACUGGGACAUCGUGAUGCUCCUAUUGAUGAUGAGUAAUCUGGUCAUUUUGCCCUGGGGAAUCACCUUCUUUGAAGACCAGAACACCAUGCCCUGGAUCACCUUCAACGUCCUGUCGGACACUCUCUUCCUCAUGGACCUGGUUUUCAAUUUCCGCACGGGCAUCCCGGUAGAGGACAGCCACAUCAUCCUGGACCCCAAAGAUAUUCGCAUGCAUUAUCUUCGCACCUGGUUCCUGGUGGACUUUAUCUCCUCCAUCCCCGUUGACUACAUCUUCCUCGUCGUUGACCUGGAGUCCCUGCAAGAUUCGUCUGACGUGUACCGCACCGCCCGCGCCCUCCGCAUCGUGCGCUUCACCAAGAUCCUCAGCCUGCUGCGUCUUCUCCGGCUGUCUCGCCUCAUCCGCUACAUUCACCAAUGGGAGGAGAUCUUCCACAUGACUUAUGACCUGGCCAGCGCUGCCGUGCGCAUUGUCAACUUGAUUGGUAUGAUGCUGCUUUUGUGUCACUGGGAUGGCUGCCUGACCUUCAUGGUGCCUAUGUUACAAGAAUUUCCCCCAGACUGCUGGGUAUCCAAAAACAACAUGGUGAAUUCUACAUGGCACCUCCAGUACUCCUACGCCCUCUUCAUGGCCAUGAGUCACAUGCUGUGUAUAGGAUACGGCGCCCACCCUCCAGAAGGCUUAACUGACGUUUGGCUCACCAUGAUCAGUAUGGUCGUGGGGGCCACCUGCUACGCCAUGUUCCUCGGUCAUGCGGCUAACCUGGUCCAGUCCUUGGAUGCAUCACAUCGCCAGUAUCAAGAGAAGUACAAGCAAGUGGAGCAGUACAUGUCGUUCCAUAAACUCCCAGCGGACGUAAGACAGCGGAUCCAUGACUAUUACGAGCAGAGAUUCCAGGGCAAGAUGUUUGAUGAGGACAGCAUCCUUGGAGAGCUCAGCGAUCCGCUGAAGGAGGAGAUAGUCAGCUAUAACUGCCGUGGGCUUGUGGCCAACAUGCCACUGUUUGCCAACACCGACCCUCAUUUUGUGACAGUGAUACUGACCAAGCUGCGUUUCGAAGUCUUCCAACCGGCCGAUUUUAUCAUACGAGAAGGAACUCUGGGACGGAAAAUGUACUUUAUCCAGCACGGCAGUGUCACUGUCAUCCCACGUGGCAGUAAAGAGAUUACGCUCAACGAUGGAGCUUAUUUUGGAGAGAUCUGCCUGCUAACCCAAGGACGACGCACAGCCACCGUGAGGGCAGAAACCUACUGUCGUCUUUACUCCCUGAGCGUGGAGAGUUUCAACGAGGUCCUGGAGGAGCAUCCUCUAAUGAGGAGGGCGUUUGAGAGUGCGGCUGUGGACCGACUGGGCCGGGUGGCGCGCAGAGCCAGUUACCAGCCUCCACCAAAUGAGUGACUUCCUCAGUACCAAUUAAGAGAGACUCCUACAGGAAUUAGGAGGAUAUUUGUCCCCCGACCACAUAACAGAGAAACCUGGGUUGUAAAUUUCACUGAUUGCGGUUUACUUUAGUGCUCAAUGAUGGAUGUACAACCUCAGUUUUAUUUAUUUUCACAUUAUUGCCACACGUGGUUGAAAAUGUUUCACCUUCAGCUGAUUUUGUUUUGUUGGUUCUCAAGUCAUUUAGAUUUAGAUCUUUGUAUGUUUUCCAAAUGUAAAUACUGCUUUAAUAAUCAUUUUCAGUUGCCUGCCUUCUGGGACUGCAGUUUCAUAAUCCUUUCCAUCAUUCAUACGUGCACGGCUGAAUGUAGAGCUGAUUAUUAUGAUCCCUCAGAUCUAAAGGUUCUAUCAAGUAACAGUUAAGUACAAAUGUUCAGUGAGUCUAAGCUGCUGUGAUGUAAUAACUCCAGCAAAAACAGAUUGUAGACGGCUAUGCAUCACUGUUUAAAAUCCCACAUUUAAUUCUAAGUCUAAGUCUAUCUAAAAAGAAAUCUACUUUUGAAUUUCUCCAAUUCAGUGUUGAAUAUCAUUUGAGAUUCCUUCCACUUAAUUUAUUGACCUUUCUUUUGAAAAAUACUUUUUAUUACUCUGUUUUAAUUUACUGUUGGAAAAUAAUAUGAAAACAACCAUUUGGCUUUAAAGUAUAUAAUAUGAUUUUUAAAAAAUAUAAAUAAUAUAUUAUGUAUUAUAUACUCAUUAGAAAUAAACCUUUUAUAGGUUAUGUAUUUUAACAAACAUCUCUUGUGUGUCAUUAGAAUGUAUUCAUUCAUGCAGGGAAUUUAUUUUCCAGGUGAUUUUGAUUGAGUGAAAAAAAAGCCAUUGUUUAUCAAAUGUCUUCUAGUUUACAGAUAUUGUCAUUAUAUCCGUGUGUAUUCUAUUGUUUUUCACCUGAACAGAUUCCUGAAGACCGGUAUUAUAUAUCUUUCAAAUUAUUCAUUUUGCAAAAAAUAAUAGAACACAAUGCCCAUGUUUGUGUUUCAAGCUGAAGGGCGCAUUGAAGCGCGGGGACUGGUACAAAACUAAAGAGAUCCUUUUAAAUGGAGUUGACUGGAUCCUCAAUGAGAUCAAGGGUUCUGGCCUGCGUGGGAGCCAUAAACACAGUGACAGAAAUAUCAUUAUAUCACCAGGUGCAAGUAAUAAAGGCAAUAUAUGUCUCCUUGUGGAAUAGCCACUUUCAAA